AUGCUUCUUUUGUUUGAUUGCUCUCCUCUUGAACCGCCACAUUGCAAGGAGUGCCGCGCCAGUUGCCAUAACUGUCGCCAGGAGACCAUGGCCCUCCCGCGUGUAACGAUUCGCCAUAACCAACCAACCUACCUAUCUAUCUAUCUAUCUAUCUAUCCCAGUCUGUUCAUAUCCAUCUAUCUAUCACAGUCUGUUCAUAUCUAUCUAUCUAUCUAUCUAUCUAUGCUCGGCCCGCUAUCUAGCUAUCUAUCUAGCUAUCUAUCUCAGUUUCUUUCUAUCUAUCCCAGUUUCUUUCUUUCUAUUUGUCCCGGUUUCUUUUUCUUUCUUUCUUUCUUUCUUUCUUUCUUUCUUUCUUUCUUUCUUUCUAUUUAUCUGAUUCGCCAUUAUCUAUCUUAUCCUAUUCUAUCCUAUUCUAUUCUAUCCUAUCUAUCUAUCUAUCUAUCUAUCUAUCUAUCUAUCUAUCUAUUUGAGUCUGUUAAUAUCUAUCUAUCUAUCUAUCUAUGCUCAGGUUUUCAUUUGGUCAAUGUUGUAUGGAAACGUCGGGAUAUAGUCAAUAAAACUUGUCGGCCACACUGA